GUGGCUCCCCUCUAUAGAGAUGGUACAGCCUCCGUUCAUUCAUAAAAGUCUGGCAGACUAUAAAAGGAGGGGCUUGCACACGAGUCUAUCAGUUACCAGGUACAAACCUGGAAUAGAAGCAACUGAAGAAAAACUAUCUUUGACGAGCAGGCUGGUUAUUCUAUUAGCUGAGGAUAUUUUAAGACAUGUUUCUUAACCCUGACUUCGAUUCAAUGUCUCGCUGCAGCACAGAAUCUCCUGUCGGGGACACCCUGACGUACUAUCAGAAGACACAAGAUGACUCUUUCUCCAGGUCCUCAGCUUCGCCGUCAGAGAGCAGUGCACAGGUAUGAAUGAAUCAAGUAGUGAUGUCUGUGAUGCAAUGAUAAUAAUAUUCACACGCAACGAUGUCAACGACUAUUAAUUAAAAUAUGGUUGACUUUCAUCAUUUAUCAUUGUUAAUCAAUACUAUAUUAACAUAAAUGUGUGUGAAAUCAAUAAUAGGAAAUAAUUAAUUUAUUUGUCGAGAUUGUCAGCAAAUGGGUGGGUAAGUGGGAUAAAAGAUUUUACCAUAUUAUUCAUAUUUAUAUGAUGAACACCUAUUUCCUAUUCCAGAAUCCAAGAGUGAAAUAUUGAAAAUGCAAUAACACGCCACAGUGGGAGAGGAUUAAAAUUGUGUGUAUGAUCAUUUUCACGUCCUCAGACCAAAUAUGUAGCAUGUCCAUGCAGCCGUUAAUUUAGAUAAAUAAAUCCAUUCCGGAGACUUCACAGCAUCUCUGCGUCAGUGUUGACGUCAGUAAGAAUGAUAAAGUCAAAUAUUGGUUCGGGGGAGACUAUUUUUAGAUGGCUAGAUAUAUUUUAAGAAAACCCAUAUAUAGUUCAUACAUGCCAUAACAAUACAGCAUAAAGUCACAGACAUCCCCAAUACAAAUGUGGUAAUUACCUUAUGUCUAUGUCAUUAGAAUAACAUGUGUUUAGAAUGACUAGUUGUGCAGUAAAAUAAUUAAGUAAAUUGUGAUCAAAAUCAUUAGUUGUAAAUCAUUAAUAACUGUGAUAAUAUAUAACUUUGCAGGAGCUCUGCCCAGACAUGGAUAUACCAGCCACUUCAUUUGUUCCAACAGUGACUGCAAUUUCCACUACCCCGGAUUUGCAGUGGAUGGUCCAGCCGACUAUUAUAACAUCUGUCUCCCCAUCUCUGGGUAGCAAGCAAGCCAAUGAAGUGCAGAGCUCUCACCAGGCAACACCCAAAGCGGGCGGGAGCAGGGGGAAAAACAAUGGCAGAAAGGGGAAAAUCGAGCAGGUUGGUUGGCGCUUUUCAGAUUGCAAAUAAAAUAAAACAUAUUCACUUGUGUGAACAUCUAAAUCAAUCUUAAUUUCCAACAGUGCAGCAGCAGCAUUGCAUGCUCUCCAAGAGCAGUGUAUUUGGCUGUGUGCCGAGCUCAGGCAGUCCAUUUAUAUUCAGAUCACAGUGAGUCUGCAACAAUGGUCUAUUUUUAGACGCAUUGCAGAGAAAGAUGCUUUUGCUACUCUCCAGAGGGGGAAUUGGCAACGGAAGUCUGAGAUUAGGAGAUGAAAUGGACAAAUUAUUCAAGGUUUUUCUCUGAAUCUCACAGCUCUCUCCAGAGGAAGAAGAGAAGAAGAGGGUGAGGAGAGAGAGGAAUAAAAUGGCUGCAGCCAAGUGUCGCAACAGACGGAGGGAACUCACUGAUACACUGCAAGCUGUAAGUUAACCCUUGGACAUCAUGCUAAUCACAGUACCAUCAUUUUAAACGUUUAUCUAUUGUUAUGAUUGUUUACAUUUCCUGUGUUCCGCAUUUUGUUUAUUUUCAAAGGAAACUGAUCAGCUGGAGGAGGACAAAGCAGCUCUGCAGACAGAGAUAGCCAACCUCCUCAAAGAGAAAGAGAGGCUGGAAUUUGUCCUCACUACUCAUAAACCUGUGUGCCAAAUUGCAGAAGAACUGGACUCCAUCUUCUUGGAGCCCAGUGGGUCUCCCGAGCUACCCUCCAGCCCAGAGGGGAGUAAUCUCCCUGAGGACAGUGCUCAGGAAGCCCCCUCGCUUCAGGACAUGGACAUCCCCAGUGACCCGUCCACAGCCAUCUCUGGGAACUCCAACAUCCUACUCUGUGCAAGUGCUGAAGUGAACAUCUGCGACCUUGAGCCCUCAUUGGAUAUGAAGGAGGGGCUCCUGGACAAUCUGCUGCCCAGCAUGGAGGAGAAAGUCCCUACAGAGACUGCCCGCUCUGUACCAGACAUUGACCUUAGCGGCUCCCUUGGGGUUACGGACUGGGAAACCCUGUACAAAUCUGUGUCUAAUGACCUAGAGCCUCUGAGCACUCCGGUUGUGACCUCGACCCCCACCUGUAGUAGCUACCUGUCCAUUUUCACAUUCUCCUGUCCCGAGCUCGACUCCCUUGGAGAGGGGUUUGACGGUCGCAAAAGUGCAGUGGGCAAGGCUGAAUCUGUUGAUAUCCUCAACUCUCCAACCCUGUUGGCCUUAUAA